AUGAGCAUGAUUAAACAAAACACUCAAAAAAAUAUGUCUCUUCCAUUUACAAUUCUCCUUCUACUGAUAUUCUCAACAACUUCAUCUAAUUUUAUCUCUUUCGCACAAUCCAAAAUCGCUCGACUUGGGAGUUCCCCAACAAAGCUAAAGAAUGCACCCGCUGCACCGACGCAAAUAGUAGAUGAAUCUGAUCUUCAAAUGUUCUACUUUAAACAGAAUCUCGACCACUUCACCUUCACACCAAAAAGCUACAUGACAUUUCAACAAAGAUACGCCAUCGACUCCAAACACUGGGCUGGUGCUAAAGCCAACGCACCAAUAUUAGCGUUUCUUGGAGAAGAAUCGUCGUUAGAUUCGGAUUUGUCUGCCAUCGGUUUUCUUCGUGACAACAGUCCUCGUUUAAAAGCACUCCUCAUCUACAUAGAGCAUAGGUAUUAUGGGAAGAGUAUGCCGUUUGGAUCGGCAGAAGAAUCACUGAAGAACGCAAGUACAUUGGGGUAUUUGAACGCAGCACAAGCCCUAGCAGACUAUGCCGCGAUUCUCUUGCACAUUAAGGAGAAGUACUCAACCAAACACAGCCCUAUAAUUGUCAUUGGAGGAUCAUAUGGUGGAAAAUUGUACAUUUUACUACGAUGGAAUAUUGUAUGUUGA